ACUAUUUCAGCUCUCAAAAGCGCUGUCCAUCCAUCUCGCAGCUCUCGAAAUCCCUAGAAUUCUUCUUCCCAUCCCCAGAUGCAACCACCAUGGAAGCUCUGAAGAAAUGGAGCGUCACCUUCACGAAGCACCUGAAGCAGAAGCGCAAGGUCUAUUGCGACGGCUUCCUCUCUCUCCACACCUCCACCGGAAAGGUAAUGCUCUACGAUGACAGCGAGCAGCUGCUGGAAUGCAGGAUUUUGAAGAAUGAUGAAGUUGUUAGUUCUGGUGAGACACUGGCGUUCAAUGCUUAUUUGGUUGAUGUUGGAGAGCCUGAAGAAGGGCAGAGGCCUCUAGAUGAUACUUGUAUUCGCAGCCGAGAAAAUAGAGUUCCUAAGGGAAGAGCUUCCCUUCACAGAAACAAGUUCGUCAAAGUGUCAGAUUGCGCCGAAGAUGAGAAGACCAAAGUGGAGAAGGAUAAACAGCAGACAAUCAGCCUAAGCCCAUCGCAGAAAAUUAUUAGAGAAUUCAAGAAGAAUGAAAUGAACAAGUAUGGCAUGUUACAGGCGAGUCCAAACUCACGGACAUCGAGUAUGGCAGAUUGGCAUGUCUUGUAUACAACGCAAUUAACUCAAAAGUCGAAAAAAUAUCAUGAUGGCUUCUUACGUUGUACAAGCAGUGGACCUAUGACUAGGCAGGUUUUCUUGUAUGAUACGAGCUGGAAACUUUUAGAUAGCAUGUUCCUGAACAAAGCUGAAGAAGUAAGCCCUGGGGAGAUGAUGGUAUUUCCUGGUCAUUUGGUUGAAGUUGGCAACCGCGAAGCAAAGAGUGAAUCUUUGAGGGAUCUAAAUGCAUGUGGAAACAGCUUCAGUUCUUUUCACAAAUUAAAUAUGCAAAAGCAGCAGCAUAAUGUUACUACCGUUAAUUCUGCUGUAAAAGAAGAAAAAAAUGGCCAGAUGCAUCAGAAUGGGGCAAAGGGGAGUAUAUUAGAUGCUGGAAAAUCUAGCGUAACAGAAUGGCAGGUUUUGUACACAACACAAGUAACUCAAAAGGCCAAGAAAUACCAUGAUGGUUUUUUGCAGCUUGAAGUUCGCGGAUCCCUAGGGAGGCAGGUCACAUUGUAUGAUGCUGGAAGGAAAGUCUUGGUGAAUAAAUUUCUUAGGAAAGAUGAAGUAUUGGGAACUGGAAAAUCGCUGGUAUUCGAUUCUCACUUGGUUGAUAUUGGGGAGCAUGUAGUAAAAGAAAAGGUGCCAAUAGGUUUGAAUGAUCGUGAACCAUGUUUCCGUGCUGGAGAGAUGAGGACAGGCCACAAGGAGGUGGAUGGUGCUAAAGUUGAUCAAUCAAUCCUGGGAGUACUCUGGCUUAAACAUGGAGACAAAACUUCAGGGAAGAUUCAUCCAGCAAGAGAUUCAGAUUCAGACAGUGGAAAAUUUGGUAUGAAAAGCACAGAUUGCAUCAGGAGAGUUCCCGAGACAAAGCCUCUACGUGAUGCCAGUCAAAUAUUGUCAGUCCUCCGAAAACCAUUACAUGAAGUUGCCGUUGCGGAAAAUUCAUAUGAGAGGAAGGCAACUUUUGCUUCACUAACAAAGGACCUUCAGCAUUCAGAUAAUUCUUCUGACAGUGCUCAAAGACAAAGAGCGCCAGCUGCUAAGCUAGCUUCAUUGGAGAAUGUGGACACUGGAAAUUUAACUUAUACCACUGGCAAUGGUAAGCUGCCUGGUCUCAUGAAGUCUAAAGACUCAGCCUCUGAUUUCAAUGAAUUUCACUCUAUGGUGGGCUUUGGAAUUGGCAACUCCCAGCCUUCUCAUGAGCAAGCUGAUCCAUGCUGCGGCAACAAUCUUGCUUCAGAAGCAUCUCUUUCACGCGGUUCUCAUGGUGAUGCUAAUGGCGAAAGGAUGACCCCUGAUGGAGAUAGGAAUCCAAUGAAAGCGAAGGUCGGGUGUCCAAGUUUUGAUCUUGGAUUUUGAACCCUGAUCAUUGCUCAAUCAACUAUAUUUCUACUGUCAAGAAUCUGGAUGGAGUGCUUAAGACUGUGCACAUGAAAUUUGUACAGUUGACCGCUUGUUUUUAUGUGGAGUGCUUUAGUGACAACUUCAUUUUCAGCUGUCUUAUCAGAAACAGUUUUAGUCAUACGACGUAAUCAAUAUAUUUCCAGUAAUCUUCAACAUAUCGAGGUACACUAUGUCAAUGUAUACAAAUGCAAAGAGGCCACCCAUGUUGAUGAGAUACUCAGGUACUAGUUAAAAUUAACAAAAGUGAACGGAUGGUGAAGAAGUUCAGCUGAGGAAGCAGAAAGAAUUUUGCAUCUCAUGUCCUUCAACUAUUCAAAUGGCAGGGAAAAGUUGCAUCAUAGACAGUUCAUUUGUAGAUAAUGACUGUUCGGUUCUUAUUGAGGAUGAUGCGUAGUUUAUA